CUGUGCUAAGAAGAUAUAAAAUAUUCAUACCAAAUUAAUUUCUCUCACACUCACUCUCUCUCUUUGUUUUUUGGUUUGGUUUCUAAAAUUGCAUCGUUUUUGUUGCUGUUUCUAAGCUUUGAAGAAAGCUUUGACCUUUAUUGAAACUGCUGUUUCCGCGGAUCAAAGUGUCUUCUUUUACCUUCUUCCACUAAAGAUUAUCUCCUUCAACUUGUUUCUCCACUGAAAUGGCGUCCAAGGGUUAAAGUGAGAUGAAAGAAAGGAGCUUCCUUUUUGGAGCUAAAUCAUUCGCGGAGCUUCGUUGAAUUUAAGUGAUUUUUGAGUCUAAAGAGAGAGUGAAAGGAGAAGACUUUGGUUGUGGGGGAAGAGAUGGGUUGUGCAGCUUCAAGCAUUGACAAUGAAGAAAAGGUGUUGGUGUGUAGGCAGAGAAAGAGGCUAAUGAAGAAGUUAUUAGUGUUCAGGGGAGACUUUGCAGAUGCACAGUUGGCUUAUCUUAGGGCUUUGAGGAACACUGGUGUCACUCUCAGGCAGUUCACUGAGUCUGAGUCUUUGGAGCUUGAGAACACUAGCUAUGGCUUGAGUUUCCCUUCUCCGCCUCCUACAUUGCCUCCUUCUCCUCCUCCUCCUCCUACGUUGCCUCCUCCACCACCUCCUCCUUUUAGCCCGGAUUUGAGAACGCCCGAGGCUGGUCAUAAGAAUGAGGAAGAAGAGGGUGCUGCAGAGAUUGAUGGAAGUGGUGCAACUCCUCCACCUCCAUUGCCGAACUCUUGGAACUUGUGGAACCCGUUUGAGUCACUGGAGAUAGAUAGCCAUCCAAAUGGUGAUAUUGUGGGUGCACGAACUGACCUGAAGAAGAAGCAAAAGAUUCAGCAAGCUGACGAGGAGAACUGGGCAGAGACGAAGACUGAGUUUGAGGAAGAAGAUGAGCCACAAGAAGCACUUGGUUUGAGUGUUCAGCAAAUAGAAGCCGUUGGUGGGUCUGAAGUGAAGAAGACACGGCGUCUGACGUUUAAGCUGGACGAAGUUGUGGACGAUAACUCAUCGAGGACAAGCUGCUACGGUAAAGAUCUGGAGAACAAUGACUGUAGGAUCAGGAGGACCUUAGAAGGGAUCAUCAAGGAGUUGGAUGAUUACUUUCUAAAAGCAUCUGGUUGCGAGAAGGAGAUAGCUGUGAUAGUAGACAUCAACAGUAGGGAUAGUGUUGAUCCUUUCAGGUAUCAGGAAACAAGAAGGAAAAGAAGCAGCUCUGCAAAGGUAUUCAGUGCAUUGUCAUGGAGCUGGUCCUCAAAGUCUCUUCAGAUGGGCAAAGAUGCUACAACAAGCGGCGCUGUUGAACCCUGCAGACCUGGUGCUCACUGCAGCACACUUGAGAAGCUAUACACAGCUGAGAAGAAACUUUACCAGCUAGUCAGAAACAAAGAAAUUGCCAAAGUGGAGCAUGAAAGGAAGUCAGCUUUACUGCAAAAGCAAGAUGGGGAAGCCUAUGACUUGAACAAGAUGGAGAAGACUCGUUUGUCUUUGGAGAGUUUGGAAACCGAGAUUCAGCGUUUAGAAGAUUCCAUAACUGAGACAUGCUCAUCUGUGCUGAACUUAAUCAAUGAGGAGCUGUAUCCGCAGCUAGUUGCUUUAACUUCCGGACUUGCACAUAUGUGGAAAACAAUGCUCAAGUGCCAUCAAGUCCAAGUUCAUAUAUCCCAGCAACUGAACAACAUUCCAGAUUACCCGAGUAUAGAUCUCAGUUCGGAAUACAAACGCCAGGCGGUUAAUCAGCUAGAGACCGAGGUUACUAGCUGGUACAAUAGUUUCUGCAAGUUAGUGAAUUCUCAGCGAGAAUACGUGAAAACACUCUGCACUUGGAUCCAACUUACUGAUCGCCUCUCUAAGGAAGAUAACCAAAGAACCACUCUGCCUGUUGCUGCUCGUAAGCUCUGCAAAGAAUGGCAGCUUGUGUUUGAUAAACUCCCUGAUCAGGUAACUUCAGAGGCCAUUAAAAGCUUUCUGAUGGCAAUCAAAUCUGUGAUUAAUCAACAAAGUGAGGAAUACAACCUGCGGAGGAAAUGGAAUAAGCUUGAGAAGAGGCUGGAGAGAGAGCUAAUUUCACUGGCUGAGAUGGAAAGACGUCUCGAGGGAAUGUCAGCAAUGGAAGAGGACGCAAACUCAACAAGUUUGGGCUCUAAGCACCCGUUGUUAAUCAAACAAGCCAAGAUUGAAGUCCUGAGAAAACGUGUGGACGUUGAGAAAGCAAAGUACUUAAACUCGGUCGAGGUUAGUAAGAGAAUGACACUGGACAACCUCAAAUCAAGCCUUCCCAAUGUCUUUCAGGUGCUCACUGCUCUCGCAAAUGUCUUUGCCAAUGGGUUUGAAUCCGUUCAUGGACAAACCGCUACAGAUGUUUCCAACACAUCCCAAGAUUCUGAUGAAACUCAACCCUAAGUAAAAGACAUCAUUCUCUUCUUGAGGUUCGAGGAGCUAUAGCUUCUUCGUGUUUGAAACUUUCUUUGUGCUACAUCCUAGAGAGAUGCGGUUUUUGUAUAUGAAAGACUGUAGAGAAUCUCAUGUUUACAACUUUGUACCUUUCCAAAAUUGCAUCACUAGUUCUUCAAAAUCCUCUCUAUUAUCAAAUCUGGAUAGUGUACUAUUGUG